AUGUCCCUUGCUUUAGGCCCUAGCCCCAAGUUGUUACUCUUUUCUCUUGGAAUGGGGCUGGUAUCAGGGUCCAAGUGUCCCAACAACUGUCUGUGUCAAGACCAAGAAGUAGCCUGCACGGAUUUGCAGCUAACGGAAUACCCAACUGACAUUCCUCUCAACACCCGGAGGCUAUACCUGAACAAUAACAAAAUCACUAGCUUACCAGCUCUGCAGCUAGGAUUCCUCAGUGACCUCGUUUACUUGGACUGUCAGAACAACCGGAUUCGAGAGGUGAUGGAUUACACGUUCAUCGGGAUCUUCAAACUCCUCUACCUUGACCUCAGCUCCAACAACCUAACUUCCAUCUCCCCAUUCAGUUUCUCCGUACUCACCAACCUGGUGCGGCUGAACAUUUCAAACAACCCUCACCUCCUCUACCUUGACAAAUACAUCUUUGCCAACACCACCUCUUUGAGGUACCUGGACCUCAGAAACACCGGAAUGCAGAUCAUCGACCAUACUGGCUUCCACCACCUGGUGGUGCUCCAGACCCUGUACCUAAGUGGAAACCCAUGGACGUGCAACUGCUCCUUCUUGGACUUCACCAUCCACUUGUUAGUGUCUCAUAUGGACCACCCAGAUGCCCAGAAUGCCACGUGUACGGAGCCCCCUGAGCUGAAAGGGUGGCCCAUCACGAAGGUGGGGAAUCCACUCCAGUACAUGUGCAUCACACACCUGGACCACCAGGACUACAUCUUCUUACUGCUCAUCGGCUUCUGCAUCUUCGCCGCAGGCACCGUGGCCGCCUGGCUCACGGGUGUGUGUGCUGUGCUAUACCAGAAUGCCCUCCGGAAGUCGAGCGGGGACGAUACCGAGGAUGAGACUGGGAUUAGGAUCACCAACCAGAUGUUUCGAAGCAGCGCGCACUUAGCCCCAGCCCGUCGGUUCCCUGAACUGAUCUAG